AUGCUCCCGUCCUUACGGACGCGAACCUCGCUGAUGAUAAUAACGUGCCGCCUACGCCAAAGCAUUGCAAGCCAGAGUGAUUUUGCUUGUCCUGGGGCUCGUCAUUGGGAAAGGAAGGAGUAUAGUCGUCAUAACAGAGACUAUGGAAGAAGGCGCGCGAGAGGGAGAUGGUUUGCAGUAGGCGCCCCGCUUUUAGGUCUUUCUUGGCUUGUUACAAUAAAGGAUGCAUUGGGCAUCGAACCAGUAAGGUUGGACAAGGAUUCUCUGAAAGAGAAAAUCAAACAGUCAUGGUUGCACCGAAAGUAUGGUAGGUACAGAGAGGCGAUCGAUGUUUUAGAACUAGCCUUAGUAGAGGCCGAGCAACGAAAGGAGCCGUUACCCAUUACGCGGGUCUACGAUGAGCUUGCCAACACCUAUUACCAGAUGGGUAAUCUCGACGAUGCGCUCAAGUACUUUCAACUAGUAGUGAACCGGUUGGUGAGUCUUCAUGGGAAACGAGACAAAGAUCCCGAAUUUAUCGGUGUGUCUCUGAAAUUAGCAGAUAUUUUUGCUCAAAAAGGUCAACUUGAUGAUGCUGAGACUGGAUUCUCGCACUGUGUUCGCAAACAAAUGCAGGUAGUCGAUGAGCAUAUGAAAAAGUAUAGCGUUGCUCAAGGAGCUCUUGUGGAAGACAGGCACGUCGUAGAUACACACGGUCCUAUUUUCACUGAUCCAAUUGCCUUGUUUGGAAUGGCAUUAGAGAACUUUGCUCAUUUUCUAGUAACAUAUCGAGACGAGGAGCGAUUGCAAGAAGCAGAGGAAUACAUGGAUGAAGUAAUGAAGAUCUCUUAUCAGCUCUACGGCGCCACCUCUUUCCAUUCCAUCAAUUUGCUGAAUAAUUUUGGUGCUGCUCUUAUUCUUAGGAACAGAUUUGAAUCAGCUCUGAAGUAUUUGUCAAUUGGCAUUGACCGGAUACUGUACGUGAACGAAUGUGCGAGUAUGAUCCCCGGAUAUUACUGCAACUAUGCCGAAGCUUUAUUUCAUGUUGGUCGAAAGACCGAAGCAUUAGAGUAUGCAAGAAAAGCUGUUUUACUGAGCAAGUCAGAGGAACCACGAAUACAGCAAUAUGCUCAGAAAUUCUUACGUGAUCUAGAGAAAGAUUCCAAGGAAAAAAGACAACGAUCAUGGUGGUUGUUCUAG